GAAGAGCACAGAAAGACAGGGCAGGACCAAGGAGGCUGAGGCAGUGAGGACCAGAGAGAGAACGGGUCCCGGGAUCGGGCUCAGAGAGGAUUGAGAGAGAGAGAGAGAGAGAGAGAAGGAGGGAGGGAGCGAGGCGGCGGCGAGGGAGGCGGGGGCCCAGAGAGGGUGGAAGGAGGGAGAAGGGCGGGGCCCGAGGCCCGAGCGAGGGACGAGACUCCGACCCUGACUUUUGAGCGCGGCUCUCGGCUUCCAGCGCAGCCAUGUCGCUCCUCCUGCUGGUGGUAUCCGCCCUGCACAUCCUCAUCCUCAUCUUACUGUUCGUGGCCACGCUGGACAAGUCCUGGUGGACCCUCCCCGGGAAGGAGUCGCUGAACCUCUGGUACGACUGCACGUGGAAAAAUGACACCAGAACAUGGGCCUGCAGCGACGUCAGCGAGAACGGCUGGCUGAAGGCGGUGCAGGUCCUCAUGGUGCUCUCCCUCAUCCUCUGCUGCCUCUCCUUCAUCCUGUUCAUGUUCCAGCUGUACACUAUGCGGCGAGGAGGGCUCUUCUACGCCACCGGCCUCUGCCAGCUUUGCACCAGCGUGGCGGUGUUUACUGGGGCCUUGAUCUAUGCCAUUCACGCCGAGGAGAUUUUGGCGAAGCACCCGCGAGGGGGCAGCUUCGGUUACUGCUUCGCCCUCGCCUGGGUGGCCUUCCCCCUCGCCCUGGUCAGCGGCAUCGUCUACAUCCACCUGCGGAAGCGGGAGUGAGCUGCGCCCGGCUUCCCCCCCGCCUGCUCCCGGCCCCUCCGUCUCGCCCGGAAGCCCCCGCGCGUCCUCCAGAAAAUAAAAUCGUUUGUCCACGA